AGAGGUGAACACACGUGUGGCAUCCCGCAUUUUUAUUAUAGUUGUAUAUAUUUCACAAGCUAUGUACUUCUGUCGUUUGAAAUACUGAAAGGAAAUAAUAAUAGUAAUAAUAAAAAGAACUUUUUAUCAAACUUUCUCUUUUCUUUCUACUAUGUGAUAGCCAGAAUAUGCAUUUUAACUCGAUAACCCCUUUUUACCUCGUGAAGUUUGCCUAUUAAGAUAAAGAAAAGAAAUUAGAAACUCUUUUUUAUUUUUUUGGUAAUCAAGUGUCCAUUCACCAAAUAUUUUUAAAAAUGACAAGCAAAGUUACACCGUGCGAGAAGGAAGCCUCGACCACGAAGAUUGAGAGCAGAGUCGGUCCUGAGACGAAAUUCUUCACAAACAGCAAAGGGAAGAAAAUACACUGUAGUUACUGGAGACCGAAUGACAACGUGGAUAUCAGAGGUCUGGUGUUCAUCUGCCAUGGCUUCGGGGAGCAUCUGCAGUGGUACGAGGACCUCGCUCUCCGUCUUACCGCCACGGGGCUCCUUGCCUUUGGACACGACCACAUUGGCCACGGGAGAUCUGAGGGCGUGAGAGGCUACGUUGACUCUGUGGAUGACUACGUGGGCGACCUGCUCCAGCACUGCGAUGACGUCAGGGCAGGUUAUCCCGACCUGCCGUGUUUCAUCGUCGGGCAUUCCAUGGGCGGCAUGAUCGCCAUCAAGAGCGCCAUGGCCCGCCCGCGCUUCUUCACGGGCGUGGUGCUCAUGGGGCCUCUUAUCAAGGCCAACGCCUCCGAAGCCACGCCCCCGAGGAUCUUCCUGGCACGCCUUGUCGCGAGGAUCCUCCCCUACCUGGCCGUUGCGAAGCUGAAGUUGGAUCACGUGACCCGCGACGAGGAAAUGAAGAACAGAAUGCGCAAGGACCCGCUCAGAUAUCAGGGCGGGAUUCGAGCGCGCUGGGCCGUGGCAGGAAUCGAAGCGCUCAUGUAUUUCGAAAACCACAUUCCCGAAGUAGAGUGGCCAUUCCUGAUUCUCCACGGCGAGGAGGACCACCUGUGCGCUCCCGAAGGCUCCAAGAUGCUUCUCGAACAUUCCAAGAGCACCGAUAAGGAGCUGAAGAUAUUUCCUUCUGCAUUCCACCAUUUAUACCUGGAGUUGCCUGAAGUACGGCACGAGGCUCUCCAAGACACAGUGGAUUGGAUCGCAGCCCGAGUUUCGUCUACGAAGAAGUGAACACCUUGUACAUAUAUGUUUAUAGAUAUAUAUAUAUUUUUUCCUCUUUGGUUGAGUUGUAGGUUUGAGAUACGCCGUGGCAUUUGGAACAUUUCUUAGCCGAAUGGGUCCGUUUUUUUUAUUUUUUUUCUUAUUCCUUUUCUCUCAUCUUUUUUUUUUCUUAGAAUCUUUUUAUGGAAGGAAUGAAUGUUACGUUGACAUUUUGGUUGAAAUCGUUUACGGGAAAGUAGUUAAAAAGGGUACUUCUUGUAGGCCUUAAGAUAAUUGAAAGACAAUGCAGUAUAAAUACCUCUAGUUCACCCAUUUCUAGGAAUUUGUAAGUGAUGAAGUAUAGAACAGUUGAAUAUUCCCUGUUAUGUCAUUUGGAAGUACACUAGUUAUAUGAAGAACAGUAAUCUGUUUAUAGCUAAAUGGUGUUUAAAAGUAUCACUAAUGUUUGUGCAGCUUGGAAGGAAUCCCAUUACAUUAGUGUCACAUAGGGAUAAAUUAGACAGAAUUACAAAUGUGUCUCAUCCCUGUAUUUUAUAGAUUUUAGUAUGAGCAUCGUUAUUAGUGUCCCGAAUUGUUAAUAGAACCGCAUGAUGGAAGAAAGAUAUAUAGAAGUCUGCAAUAGGCAAGACUGGAAAAUACAGUGGUUUUGGCAAAAUUGUGUCUACUCUUAGGGUUAAAAGAACUUAAAACUUAGGCUUGUUAGCUCUAGUUGAGAGAUCUUAUAUAUAUAUAUAUAUAUGUAUGUGUGUGUGUGUAUGUGUGUGUGUGUGUGUGUGUGUGCAGUGUGCAUGCGUACAUGAUAUUGAAACUGUCUGAAUACUGUUAACUGUUAUAGUCAGUUUUUGUAUUAUAUGUGAGAGAUAUCAUGCAGAGUUUACAGUUGUUAGGAAAUAUACAAAACUGUUAUUUUCUUUAUAAGAUAUGUUCUUAAAUAUUUUUUGGGUUCUAGUUGUUGUAAUAAGGAACUUUAUAAGGGUAAAGUUGAACACAGAUUACUUUUUUACCUUCUAAAAAUUAAUUGAAAAGUAUAUUUUUAAGUAUAAGAGUAAUAAAAGGGAUAUAUCUGUCAUUGUGAAAACAUUAUUCUGUAGAGGAUUUUGAUAUAGAAAAAAAAAUCACGUCAAAGGAAAUAAUGAAUAAAGAAAAUUACUUUGAAGUACUUGGAUGUGGGAAAAAUACUUACAGUUAACCCAUUCGCGUGGGGUGUCACGUAUACGUGACAUGCCCACUGUGAAUUUACUUGUUUAAUUGUUUUUACACAUAGAUGGUGACACUUGUACUUGUACUGCCUGUCUCGCCUGUUUACCCUUUUCUUUAAUUUACGAAAAUAUUUUACGUUAUCUUAUUUUGCUGUUACUAAUGUUUAUAAUAUUAUAGUAAUUAUAAUGUUUAUAAUAAAAUUAACCAUCGAUAUUCAUAGCACUAGUAAAAAUACAUUUUCUGCCAAUUCAGGUAAAGGUGAAAUCAGGUAAGGCAGAGCCAUCUAGUGUAGAGAAAUUUCACAAAAAAAUAUAAAGAAUGAGCACAGCAUUUUCCCCAUUUUUUGUUCACGAAUGGGUUAAAUUUACAGAAAUAUAUGUCAUCAGAUUGCUAAGAAUAGUAAAUGUAUGGGAACACAAUUUUUUCUUGUUUUUUAAUGUUUCACUUUGGGAGGAUCACUUGAAUUAUAUGUGUGUGUAUAUAUAUAUACAUAGGCAUAGGAGCCAGGGGGGCUGGGGGGGGCUGCAGCC